AUGGGCGAUAACUUGCCUGAGGAGUUUGAUGUGGUUAUUUUGGGCACUGGACUUCCAGAAUGCAUGAUUGCGGCUGCUUGCGCUCGUUCUGGCCUUAGUGUUUUGCAGUUGGACAGGAACGAUUAUUAUGGCGAUUUGUGGGCCUCCUUUAAUAUACAAACGAUCCAGAAUUGGAUAACUGGAGAUAGCAGGAAUCAUAAUGUGGCUCAAAUUAACCCUGAAUCUUUUCUGCUAAGUGGUGAAAAUUUCUUACCGCUUACAUGUCGAUCAUUUAUUGAGAAUGUUCAUCAGCAUUAUUUCCACGAUCAUGUUGAUGAUGCUCAGGAAUUGGAUAUUGUUUCAAGUUUGCAGAAUAUCGAUCCGCAAUGGCGAAAAUUCAGUUUGGAUCUUUUACCUAAGGUGUUAUUAAGUAGAGGUAAUAUGGUAAAGCUGCUGUGUGAUUCGGGUGUUGCCAAAUACUGCGAAUUUAAGUGUGUUGAUCGACUUCUAUGCUGUACAUCAGAUAAAAGUCCAAGUUCACUUGAAGUUGUUCCAUGUUCUCGCGGAGAAAUAUUUCGAAGUGGUGUUAUUUCAGUACAAGAUAAACGGCGAGUGAUGAGAUUUCUCCAGAAAUGCAUUGAAUGGCGGAAAGAUCCUGAUGAAACUGACGGCUGGAAAGAAUAUGCCGAAAAACCGUUUGAUGCUUUCGUGGAAUCUUUUGGCAUCGUGGGUCGUGCGAAAAAUAUACUUGCUGACACUUUAGCAAUAUUACACCCAUCAGCCAAAACUAAAGAGAUAAGUUGCCUAUGUUUGGAAGCAGUGUGGCAAUUUAUGGAAUCUGUUGGACGCUUUGGUGAUUCACCAUUUUUGUGGACACUAUAUGGUAGCGGGGAACUACCGCAGUGUUUCGCCCGACUAUGUGCUGUUUUUGGUGGAAUUUAUUGCUUAAAUCGUUCGGUUGAUGGUUUUGUCAUCGCUGAUGGGAGAAUAGUAGCGGUAGUGACCCAAGAUCAACGAAUCAGAUGUAACUACGUAAUCGCAAAUUUAUCAUACGUGCCACAGCAGCAUAUAAAUAUCUCGCUACAAACACGAUUGAAUCGAGUUAUUCUAAUCUCAGAUCGUUCUAUUCUAUCAGACCCGGAAAAAGAACAUAUUAGUGUAUUAAAUCUCACCAGUUUGAAAAAUGAUGCAACACCAUAUUUACUGGAAGCUGGAUAUGAGGGUUGCAUAGCACCAAAAGGAAAAUAUGUUACUCAUAUAACUGCUAGAAGUGAUGGCGUUGCAAGUACUAUUUUAAAUCCUAUCAUUGAUGUGUUUUUCAAUGUGACGAAGAAUGAAGAAAUGAAACCUCGAAUCUUGUGGUCCCUUUAUUUUGAUUUGGUUUUACCAUCAGUAAUUUCCCACACUUUGCCGACAAAUAUGCGAAUUGUUCCAAAUGUUAAUGAACAUUUAAAUUAUACCCAAAUUGUUUACGAGGUAAAAAAGAUUUUUGAAGAGCUCUGGCCGGAUCGCGAUUUUUUGCCAGCCGCAUUGGUUGAAGAAAACGAAAAAAGCGACGUUAAUGCACCAAAUUCUGAGGAGAAGCAGAAGGCCAUGGAAGAGGAGUAUUCUUGA